UACGCUUCGUGAUUAUUUAAAAGUCGACGUUCUCCUCAUCUCAUCACCAUGUCUGGUCGCGGUAAAGGUGGUAAAGUAAAGGGCAAGGCAAAGUCCCGUUCUAGUCGUGCUGGUCUUCAAUUCCCGGUGGGCCGAAUUCAUCGACUCCUGCGUAAAGGAAACUACGCCGAACGUGUGGGUGCUGGGGCGCCCGUGUACCUUGCUGCUGUAAUGGAAUACCUGGCCGCAGAAGUCUUGGAGUUGGCUGGAAACGCCGCUCGUGACAACAAAAAGACCAGAAUCAUCCCCCGGCAUCUUCAAUUGGCCAUAAGGAAUGACGAGGAAUUGAACAAACUUCUCUCCGGCGUUACCAUCGCCCAGGGAGGUGUCUUGCCCAACAUUCAAGCCGUUCUCUUGCCUAAGAAAACUGAGAAGAAAGCUUAACGUGCAAAUCCAUCUAUCCAACAGAUAAAAACCACCGGCCCUUUUCAGGGCCACCAAUUCAAUUCAUCAGCUUACGAACGAAUCUUAAUGGUGACGCCACGAAUAAUUAUACGUCAUUCACCUAUAGAUGGUUACCU